ACCCCGUACGUUUCACUGUCAGCAUCAAUUUUACGUACAAACAUAAUUAUAUUAUGAUGUUCAUGAUUUUCCAAUAUAAUAUCCACGAUUUUCACGAGUUGUGUAGUACUGCACAAAAUACCCACAAAUACGAAUUUCUAUGUUUAAACAAGAUAACGACCACGUUGAACAUGUCCGUUUAGGCUGAAAACAGCUUAAUUAGUGUUUUAUGUAUUAAGAAAUUGUUUCUGAUAAUUUACAAUAAAAUCCAGAGAGGGCCGAAAUCGUGGCUUAUCGGGCCUCCUCCUUUGAAGAAAGUGGGCAGGUAAAGAGACUUGAUACAUCAAGUAAAAAGUGGCUCGACUAACCCCGCCUUACCCUAUCAAUUUUAUGUUCUGUUGUAUUAUAGUAAUUUUAAAUAUAAAAUCUUCCGUGUAUGCAGAAAUAAAUUGAAGUAAAUAAAAUUUAGGGAAUAAUAUAGUUUUUUUUUUUCUAGAAAAUAUAUGAGAAAAACUAUAUCUUGACUUAAUAAUCAGAAACCGUGUCUUUUUAUAAGGUGUUUUAAAAUAUAAAAAAUAAACAAUUUUACAAAUUAUUCAUAAGAAUAAACAGUUUUUUAAUUGAUAUCUUGUUCUAUCUUACAGAUAGGUAUUCUCUACGAAGAUAAAACAAAUCAAGGAAUUAUUUAACAAGAUGAUGUCCAACAAUCAUGACAUUGUCAUUUCGGGCAUUUCAGGCCGUUUCCCCGAAUCAUCAAAUAUAGAAGAAUUUAAAGAAAACUUGAUGAACGGGAUAGAUAUGGUUACUGACGAACAACGGUGGUCAGCGCGCCUCUACGGACUACCGAAUAGAUCUGGAGAGAUCAAAGAUCUCAGCAGCUUCGAUGCAUCCUUCUUCGAUAUGCCCGCGAAGCAAGCAAAUGUAAUGGACCCUCAAGGACGACUAAUGUUAGAAGUAACAUAUGAGGCUUUAAUUGACGCUGGUGUCAAUCCUUCUACCGUGAGAGGGUCGCGAGUAGGCGUUUUUAUUGGAAUAUCUACGUCAGAAGCCGAAGAUUACUGGAUGCAAGUUGGAUUAAGUAAUUUAAAUGGAUAUGGAUUGCUCGGAAAUUACAGAGCGUUAUUCGCAAACAGAAUAUCCUUUGCAUUUGACUUUACUGGUCCUAGCUAUGCAAUAGACACAGCCUGUUCUUCAAGCAUGUCCGCCGUGCACGUAGCAAUUACGGCAAUACGUGCUGGUGAGUGCGAUGCAGCGAUCGUCGGUGGAUUAAAUCUCACUCUAAGACCAGAAUAUUCUGUUAAUGUAAAUAAACUCGGCGCGCUAGCCCAAGAUGGUAAGUGCAAGGCAUUUGACAUAACAGCUGACGGUUACGUUAGAGCCGAAGCGACAGUUGCUAUUUAUCUACAAAAAUCAAAGGAUGCACGCAGAAUGUACGCAACGGUGAUUCAUACGAAAACCAACACCGAUGGCUACAAGCCUCAGGGAAUCUCGUACCCCAACAGUGAAAUGCAAAAUCAACUGCUGCGCGAGACGUACGUUCAGGCGGGAAUUAAUCCCGCUGAUGUAGUUUAUCUAGAAGCCCAUGGCACUGGUACCUCAGUGGGUGAUCCGCAAGAAGUAAAUUCUAUCGACAAACUGUUCUGUAAGAAUCGGACGACACCCCUGUUGAUCGGCUCGGUGAAAUCCAAUAUAGGACAUACAGAAGCGGCCAGCGGAUUGUGCUCGAUCGCUAAAGUAUUAAUAGCGAUGGAGACGGGCGUAAUUCCGGCAAAUUUGCACUUCUCUAUUCCAAAUUCAAAAAUAGCUGCGUUGAGCGAGGGUCGACUUCGAGUGAUCGACAAAAACACGCGGUGGAACGGCGGUCUCGUAGCCAUCAAUUCGUUCGGUUUCGGCGGAGCAAACGCCCAUAUAAUUCUACGCAGCAAUCCGAAAGAAAAAUUGUUAUCGACGUUGGACAUGGUCGACACCCUGCCGAAGUUGAUUACCGUGUCAGGCUGCACGGAGGAGGCCGUACACGUGCUGCUGAAUAAAGCGAGCGAACAUCGAAAGGAUACGGAAUUUAUCUCGUUACUGCAUACCAUACACAACAGCAGCAUAUCGGGACACAGAUAUCGCGGUUACGAGGUCCUCAGUCAUGAUAAAACGCGUCAAGUAUCGCAACAGACGAAAUAUGACGAGGAGCGUCCAAUCUGGUUCGUGUUUUCCGGAAUGGGCACGCAGUGGGCAGGCAUGGGGCGCGACAUCAUGAAUAUCGACAUAUGCAAACGCAGUUUGCAACAAUGCGCGGAUAUAUUAAUGCCCCAUGGCGUUGACCUCAUCAACACGAUUACUAUCAGCGUGAACGAAACGUAUGAAGAUGUGGUAAAUUCUUUCGUGUCUAUUGUGGCCAUCCAAAUUGCCCUCGUUGAUAUACUGUCAUUAAUAGGCGUACAUGCCAACGGAAUAAUUGGACAUUCCAUCGGAGAAUUGGGUUGUGCCUACGCCGACGGUGCACUUACAAUGGAACAGACCAUCUUGACCGCUUACUACAGGGGUAAAGCGAUCAUAGACUCUGAGCUGGAACCGGGUGCCAUGGCGGCGAUCGGUUUGAGCUGCGCAGAAGCUGAGAAAAUAUGCCCGCCCGAUAUUUACGUAGCUUGUCGCAAUUCCGUGGAUUCGGUUACCGUCUCCGGGCCACCAGGGUCCUUGCGCGCAUUCAUAGAAAAUCUGAAGAGCAAAGAUAUCUUCGCUAAAAUGGUAGACAGUUCCGGUAUUGCUUUUCACAGCAAAUAUAUGAGACCGAUAGAGUCGAAACUGCGCGCGUUCCUGGAACACAUAAUACCGAACCCAAUAGCCAGAUCGUCCAAAUGGAUUUCUACCUCUGUGCCUGAGGCCUCAUGGGAUAGUCCGUCCGCGCGACUUAGUUCUACUGAAUAUUACGUAAAUAAUGUACUCUCUCCAGUGCUUUUCCAGGAGGCGAUUGCGCACAUCCCAGAAAACGCGAUAACAAUCGAGAUUGCUCCACAUAGCUUGCUGCAGGCGAUUCUACGCAGAUCGUUGCCAGUAACGGUAACUAAUAUCGGUCUCCAGAAGCGAAACGAGCCAAACAACAUGGUUUAUUUGCUAUCAAGUGUCGGCAAACUGUAUAUGGCUGGCGCACAGUCCAAUAUUUCUAAAUUAUAUUCACCAGUAAGCUUUCCCGUCAGUCGCGGAACACCGAUGAUUGGAUCCUUCGUAAAGUGGGAUCACUCUGUUAAAUGGGAUGUGCCAGUAUACGGAAAGAAACAUUUGUCAGCACACGUUGUCGAAAUUGAUCUUUCAAAGGACACGAACACGUAUCUACUCGGACAUAAAAUCAACGGGAAAGUCAUUUUUCCGGGCGCCGGAUACAUUACGAUGGUCUGGAAGACUUUUGCAAACAUAAAAAAUGUCGAUUUUGAGCAACUUUCGGUAGUACUCGAGAAUGUAUGGUUCGACCGCGCCACCAUUAUGCAAACGGGAAGAAAGAUAAAAUUUUUAAUAAACAUUAAGGAAACGGGUGUGUUCAAAAUUUACGAAUCUGAUAUGGUCGUUGCCAGCGGGAGUAUUCGCGAGUCCGAUGCUUCUGAAAAAGAUCAGUUGAGGAUGUCGUUAACAGUAUCGUCUGAUAGCAAAAAUCUCUUACCGCUAGACACGAAGGAUGUAUACAAAGAGCUCGGUCUACGCGGAUACGAGUAUAGCGGUAUUUUUCAAGGAAUAAAAUCAUCCAACAAUCAUGCCACUGUCGGCGAACUUCACUGGUUCAACCACUGGACCUCCUUUAUAGAUACCAUAUUUCAGUUUCGCACGUUGAGUAACAAUCGAAAAUUAGUAUACGGAUCACACAUGGAACGUUUUACAAUCGAUCCUAUCCAUCACGGACAAUUAAUUUCACGAUUAGUCAAAGACGACGACGGUUUACCGAUAUAUUUCUACAAGAACAUCGACAUCUUCAAAUCAGGUGGCAUUGAAGUCAGAGGAUUUCGAUUUACCGCGCCUCAACGAUUACAGAUUCAACCGAAUCUCAGACACGAACAUUACGGUUUUGUGCCUUAUGAAAAUCCAUGUGAUCUAGCAGAAGAUCCAAUUAAAGGGACGACGCAUGCACUCACGAUCCUGUUGCAAAUUAUAUAUGAAAAUAUAACGACACUUAAAAUAAAAGCCAUCGAAGUUACUGGUGAACGAACUGAAGAAACUCGUCUGGCGCCACUCAUACUCAACAUUCUUCGUAGUGAACCCUCAUUUACCAUCGAUUUAGAAGUGAUUGCUGCUUUCUCUGAUAAUAUUGUGACACGAGACGUGAAUAGCAUACACCUUGUUAUAGCGGCGGAUAUCUUAUCGAAGCAAUCUUACGACGUUCUCCAAAAUCUGACGAAUUCCUUAAAACCUGCUGGUUUUAUUCUUCUGGAGGAAAGUGUCGCACACAUACGCCUGUUUAAUAUGAAGACCGCACUGAAGAAGGCAAAUUUACUACUGGUUGCAAGCCAAACUAAUUCCAUAGGAAAAAUUUAUUUGUUGCUGAGGAAGCAAAAAGACAGGGAAGAACAGACAGUAAUACGUAUCACAGAGAAAAAUUUCAUGUGGCUGGAAGAUGUAAAAGCAGCACUUAAACAGUCCGAUGAAAACAGCCAAGAAGUGCUGCUUGUAUCGCAGGAAGAAGAAUUAUUGGGUCUGAUCGGAUUUGUGAAUUGCAUUCGGUUCGAAACCGGCGGUGCGAAUGUGCGUUAUGUUUUUAUACAAGACAAAAAUGCGCCAGAAUUUCAUGUAUCCACGGAAUUCUACGAGGAUCAACUGAACAAGGGAUUAACGGCCAACGUGCUGAAAGGAGGACAUUGGGGCAGUUAUCGGCACUUGCCUUUGGAUGAACAGAGCAACGUACUGACGGAACAUGCCUAUCUAAACGUAUUAACAAAGGGUAAUCUUAAUAGCUUGACGUGGAUUCAAAGUCCAUUGAAGGAACAAUGGUCCACCAUCUCUUUGAACACGAUGCGAUGCAACGUAUACUACGCAUCUAUAAGUGUCAGGGACGUUAUGCUGGCGAGCGGUAAAUUAGCAUUAGACGCCUCACCAGGAAAAGCGACAAUGGAAGAUCCUGUAUUAGGACUUGAAUUUUCCGGGAGAGACAUGGACGGUCGUCGCGUGAUGGGCAUCGUAAAGGCCGGUGGAUUGGCGACGACCGUAUUGGCAGAUUCCGAGUUUCUCUGGCAAGUGCCUGACAAAUGGACAUUACAGGAGGCAGCGACAAUACCAGUCGCCUACGCGAUCAGCUACUAUGCUCUCUUUAUACGCGGUCAAUUGAAGGCUGGCGAAAGAGUACUGAUACACGCCAGUGUGGACGGCAUUGGACAGGCAGCACUCUCUCUCGCUUUACACAUCGGCUGCACGGUCUUUGUUAUCGUUCGUACCUCAGACGAGAGAGAGCACGUGAAGAAAAUCUUUCCCGAAUUAGCCGAUCGAAAUAUUGGUAUUUCUCGAGAUUUAAGUUUCGAGCAACGAAUUUUCAUGGAAACGCAGGAGCGCGGAGUCGACGUGAUGUUGGCGGAAGAAGGCCUGCAAGUUAAUGUACGGUGUCUCGCAGUGAACGGUCGUUUGGUCGGAAUCGGUAAUCAUAACUCGUCGAACUUUAGUACUCCCGAGUACUCCCUGAAGAAUAUGACCUUUCACAAUAUAAUGAUGGAAGCACUAUUCGAAGAGAAUGAGAAAGUAACGAAGCUCAUUUCGGAAGGAAUUAAAAGUGGAGCAGUUCGUCCAUUAUCAUCGAUCGUGUUCUCGGAGCAGCGGUUCAAGGAAGGGUUCAAAUCCUUCUCGACGGACAAAUAUGCAGGCAAAAUAUUACUGAAACUUCGAGAUGAAGAAUCGAAUAAACGUGUGCCGUCCACGCGAAAAUUAGUCCCCGCUGUACCGCGUACAAAUAUGAAUCCGAAAAAAUCAUACAUAGUAGUUGGUGGUCUCGGAGGAUUCGGCCUUGAACUGACCGACUGGUUGAUUGGCCGCGGUGCCAAAUCGAUCGUUUUGCUGUCACUUUUAAAUGUACACACGGGUUAUCAGGCACUGUGUUUACGACGUUGGGCCGAGAAGGGCAUUAACAUUGUGAUAUCCACGGCGGAUAUUACCACUCCAGCGGGUGCUGAACGAUUAAUUAAAGAGAGCAAUCAGUUAGCACCAGUAGGCGGUAUAUUCAACCUCGCGGGUGUAUUGCGCGAUGGCUUCAUUGAGAACUUGAAGGAGACCGAUUUUCGAACGGUGAUGUUGCCAAAAGUCAACGGUACGAAGAAUUUGGAUGCGACAUCAAGGAAGUCUUGUCCAUCGCUUGAUUAUUUCGUCAUAUUUUCAAGCAUAGCCAGUGGUCGUGGCAAUAUCGCUCAAAGCAAUUACGGUCUUGCCAAUUCUGCAAUGGAAAGGAUAAUAGAACGGAGACGGGCUACUGGUUUCCCGGGUCUCGCUAUACAGUGGGCUCCAAUUGGGGACACUGGCAUGUACAUAAAUACCGUAGGAGAUAAUGACACUGUCAGGAAUGGUAUUAUACCGCAACGUAUGUCGAGUUGUCUCACGACCAUAGACAUUUUCCUUCAACAACCGCAGCACCAAGUGCUAUGUUCUACCGCGUUAGCCGAAAAACGCAAACAUACGGACGACAGGAAAGACGAUUUCGUUGAGAAGAUGAUUACCAACAUUCUCGGCGUUAAAGAUAUUAAUUCGAUAAAUCCUGAUGACAGCUUUAUCAGUUUAGGCAUGGACUCGCUGGGUUACGUGGAGAUUAAGUACACUCUCGAGAGCAAAUACGGUAUUUUCUUGUCGAUUGAAGACAUUUUUUCCUUGACACUUGCGAAGCUGAAAGAUUUAUGUUUGUCGAAUGUGAAAAAUGGUUAGAAUAGGCUAAGCCAAUCAAAAUUUAUUGUACAAAAUUCAGACCUAUGUAGCUUUCACUAUAUCAUAAUACAAUAUAAAUACGAAUAUAUAAUAUUUAUAUAAAUAUAUUUCUUAUAAUAUAAAUAUAAGGGUAGCACAAAAAUUCAAUAGGUAUCGAUCAUGACGAGCAAUAAUAACAAUUGCGCAAGCCGCAAACGUAACCAAUAAAAAGGCAUACAAAUGUA